AUGGAGAAAAUAACAAGGAAGCGCCUCAGCGUAGUGAGUGAUCAGGCGAAGAACACUCAUAAGUACCUCAGCCAAGAACUCGAUAUUCAAUGGAUGGGACUGCCAAUCCUCAUCUGCUUCUUCACUUCCGGUCUGAUAGACAGUGUCGCUUUCAAUUCCUGGAACUGUUUCGUUGGCAUGCAAACAGGCAACACGAUCUUCGCUGCUCUCGGAUUGUCUGGCCAGCCGGACGCCAGCCACAAGCAACAAUAUUACAAGUCCCUUGUGUCCAUCGGAUCGUUCUGUCUCGGUACACUCUUCUUCAGUGCCCUGCACCGCUUUCCCACCUCGUUCCAUCAACAGCCUUCUUCCCGCCGUCGAUGGGUCUUCUCCGCCUCUUUCGCCCUCCAGGCCAUGUUCAUUACCAUAUCAGCCAUCCUGGUCACCCUCAAUCUCGUCUCCGACUUACCCUACAUCUCUGGCGUCUUCUCGUCUGGGAGCGAUAGGACAGAGUACACCGAGUCAAGCAUGCUCGAAAACCGCAACUUCUUGGACCUCUGUCCGAUUGCCCUCCUCGCCUUUGGAGCCGCAGGUCAAGUUACGCUGAGCAGAACGCUCGGCAUCAUUGAGCUGCCGACCAUUGUGCUCAGCACACUCUACCACGACUUCACCGCUGAUCUGUACAAUCUGAGGAGAUGCUGGUGUGAGAGCACUUCCAUCACUGACUUUUUUUUCAACCAGCAGAGGCGCCAAGAGAAGCGACUGUUCUCGAUCAUCGCUCUCUUUGUUGGUGGCAUCGUUGGGGGCGAGAUGUACAAGUCGUCUGUCGGCAUGGCCGGUGCCCUCUGGCUGGCCGCCGGCCUCAAACUCAGCGUCUCGUUGAUGUGGCUCUUUUGGAAGAAAGAUCCAUCAGAGGAGGAAGAUGAUGAGUCAACGCUGCCCCAAUGA